AUGCUGCCAACACGAGCGCUAUGCGCGCGCUCAGUCUGGAAGGGCCCUCACAUCGUCCCGCUCCCUAUCGUCCGCGUCAAGGCCGGCGAGCGCGCGCCUCCAAUCAAGACGCAGGCGCGCUCCGCUGUCAUCCUACCCAACUUCGUCGGCUUCAAGUUCAUGAUCCACAACGGCAAGACUUAUACCGAUGUUACCAUCACUGAGGACAUGGUCGGCUACAAGCUCGGCGAGUUUGCAUCGACGAGGAAGAAGUUCUCGUACAAGCAGACCAAGAACAAAUAA